CAACGUCAUAUAAUAGAGCCGGAAGCAGAACGUCAACACCUAGAAAUCAACCAGUGGACAUAUGCAGCCACAGCACAGGGUUGUGGUGUGGACGUGAAAUGCCAAGGGGAUACGGUGUCUGCCCAGAGCCUACAAACCAAUAGCCUCUUCACACGGAUAAAGACAUCAACAAACGAAGGAUGUGCUCCAAUGCUGACGAUAUAUCCCCAAAGUCUCUAUGACCAAACUUCAAAUCGGUCUGCAACUUGGAUGUAGGUCUACCUACCUAAGCUAAUUUACAACACUUCUCAACCAACAAGCCCUAACCAAAUAAACUCUGCACCUCUGAAACCCAAGAUGGCUUCUAGACAAAGUGCCCUAACUGCUGCCGUGGUUACCCUGUUGGGAGCCACCUUGGGUGGCCUGUUGCUAUGGCGACAGAGAGCCAUAAGGACAAAGAAGCAACAGCUUUCUGCUCAGGGUCUGAAAGGUCAGGUAAGGGCCAGCUCUUGUCCCUUACCUGUGGAACCAGAGCCUGUGGUUCUGGACUGUAAGAACCCAGUGGAGUCCCAAAUCCAGUCUAAGCAUACCCAGCUACCCCCUGGUCAGAGUCUGGUCCUCCCCCUGCCUGCUGUGCUACCCCCUGUUGACCAGGCCUUGGCGGUGCAGCCGGUGAUGGUAAGCUCUGAGAAGGAGUGGGAGCAGCUGUGGCCCAUGCUGCAGAAGGAUCUGUCAGUCUAUCCUGUCCUCGGCCUGGACUGUGAAUGGGUGAAGAGUCAAACUAAUACCCUGGGUGUGUCAGUGAAGGAUAAGACUUCAACGGUCUCUUUACUCCAGAUGGCUUCCUACUCUGGUCUGUGUGUGUUGGUGAGGCUGCAGCCGUUCCGUGCUGGCCAGCAGGACUUGCCACUUACCCUGAAAGAGGUCCUCAGCGACCCUCACAUCCUGAAGGUGGGUGUGGGCUGCUAUGAGGACGGGAAGCGUCUGACACGAGACUAUGGCCUGGCGCUAGGAUGUACUGUGGACUUAAGAUACCUUGCACUACGACAAAGGAAGGUAGUGUUGAAUAAUGGUCUGAGUCUGAAGUCUCUGGCAGCUGACCUGCUCAACGUCUCUCUGGAGAAAUCCUUGGAGCUGCGCUGUAGUGACUGGGAGGCUGACCAGCUGACCCUACAACAGAUGACCUACGCAGCCCGGGACGCCCAGGUAUCCAUCGCCCUCUUCUUCCGCCUGCUCGGACUCCACUCUGAUUCCACGCCCUCACUUGACACUGGGAGUGGCUACUCCCAGCUGGCCAAUUGCUGCCAGGGCGUGGUGGACACACCCUUCAGGGGGUGGGGUGGAGGAGAGUGCGAGGAUGGAGGGAAAAGCGUGGAUCGAGAGAGGAGGCGGCGGAGUAGGAAGCUCCAGCAGUCUGUUUUUGAAAGCCCAGAGUCUGGGGACCAGCAAGUUCCAGACCCCAGGAAGAACAACAAGAGAAACCCGCUCGGGGUGGGCUACUCUGCCAGGAAGUCCCCUCUCUAUGACAACUGUUUCCUCCAUGCCCCGGAUGGACAACCGCUCUGUACCUGCGACAAGAAGAAGGCCAAGUGGUACCUGGAUAAAGGAAUAGGAGUGCUGCAGAGUGAGGAUCCAUUCAUUGUGCGUCUGCUGUUUGAGCCUUCGGGACGUCCAGACUCCCAGCAGGACUACUACCUGACUGCCAAGGAGAACCUGUGUGUGGUGUGUGGCAAGAACGACUCUUAUAUCAGGAAGAACAUCGUUCCCCAUGAGUACAGACGUCACUUUCCCACGGAGAUGAAAGAUCACAACUCCCAUGACAUCUUGCUGCUGUGCACUUCCUGUCACGCGGCCUCCAAUGUCCACGAUGGCUUCCUGAAGCAGCAGCUGGCUGAUGAACACGCUGCCCCCCAGGGUUGUGAGGAGGGCGUGCGGCUCCUGGAGGACUCGGACCGCAGGAGGGUACGUUCUGCAGCCCGUGCCCUCCUGACUGCCGGGGAAGGGCUCCCUGGGCCCCGCAGAGACGAGCUGCAGGAAGUCAUCAGGAGUUUCUUCAACGACCUCGACGGGGAGCUGACGACAGACACCCUGCAGAGUGCUGCUGGCCUGGAGACACGGAUCUUCAAUGAGAGCUACGUUCCCCACGGGCUGAAGGUGGUGCAAGCGCAUGCCAAGCAGGGUCUGAAGGGGUUAAUGGGUCUAGAACGCCACUGGAGGCAGCACUUCCUGUCUACCAUGACGCCGCGCUACCUCCCUCCUCUGUGGUCCGUCAACCACAACCACAGCAAGUUCCUACGCAAAUACGGCGAGGAUCUCCCCAUCCAACUCAACUGAACUACAGUCUACGUUUUUAACCUGAAAAGGGCCAGGCAGUUUGGCAUGACAAGGAUUCUAAUGGAUUGGUAGCCAGGCUCCAUAUCUCUCUCUAUUUAUCCAUCAGCUUCUCUCUUCUCUUCUCUGGUUCACUGUGUUGUCAGUAGUUAAAACGGAAGCUACAUUAUCCACACUGGAGCCCAGAGGGCUGACUGACCGACCUACGGUGUCUGGUGGUAAGUCUCACCUCCGCCUGGGACGAGGCAGUCUGUCACCCUGUUCCUAUGUGGUGACAUACAUGUUGAGUCAGACCUAUAGAAUUAUGGACCUCGCUUGAACUUAAACCGUCCCCUACAGGCCCUCCGAUGAACUAGAGCCAGAGACGACUAGCAGAGACCAUUGGCUGAAAUGGUACCCCUAUUCUUUAUAAAGGGCAGUACUUUAGACCAGGGCCCACAGGGGUGCACCAUGUAGUGUCUAGAGCCAUUUCAGAUAGCUGGAGCCUGAGGAGAUGGACAGGCUGCCUUGGUUCUGAUAGAGGUACGACCUAGCUUGGAGCCCAAGGAGAUGGACAGACUGCCUUGGUUCUGAUAGAGGUACGACCUAGCUUGGAGCCUGAGGAGAUGGACAGACUGCCUUGGUUCUGAUAGAGGUACAACCUAGCUUGGAGCCCAAGGAGAUGGACAGACUGCCUUGGUUCUGACAGGUACGACCUAGCUUGGAGCCCGAGGAGAUGGACAGACUGCCUUGGUUCUGAUAGAGGUACGACCUAGCUUGGAGCCCGAGGAGAUGGACAGAUUGCCUUGGUUCUGACAGGUAAAGGAAGUCUGUAUCAAAAACACCAUCCAUGCUGCAGGAUUCAUAAUGAAAUUAUAUUGCAUAUGGACACUUUUUAACCAACACUGGUUUGGUUUCCCAGACAGAUUGACUAGUCCUGGUCUUAAAAAUCCAUUUUAAAUGGAGAUUCUCUCCAGGACUUGAUUUAAUCUGGGGCCAGUAAACCAACCCUAUGUAUAUCAAUAUAUAAAAAUGUGAAAUGUGAUUUUCACCAAUUUCAGAAAAUCAUGUAUUUUAAGACUACGCUGAAACCUGCUCUUAAUUCUCAUGAAAUAUAAAUUAUAAUUUUCCCCUGCAGGUUUUCAGCCCUAAUGAUAAUUCCUAUGCGUUUGUAUGUGCGGAAGUCAACGGUUUGCUUUGCAAAGGUGACUUUAAUUCAACGACACGAUGUGAUGUUCCCAUUUGUUGUUUAUCUUCAACAGAUUAUGAUAUUAUUAUAUAUAUGACCACCAGCCAUUUGGAUGCGUCACAAAGUACACUACUUUUGAACGGGGACCCAUAAGGCAGUGCGUUUUUUUUAUAGUGAUUUAAGGUUCCAUAUCAGUCACAGCCACUCUCAGGUUCAGUAGGACAAUGGUUGGCUUGGCGACGUGACAUCACUUCCUCCUGUACUGUCCGGCUGCAUCCCGAAUUGCACCCUUUUCUCUACAUGGUGCACUACUCUAUGUUGGCCGUGGAUGUGUUCUCUCGCUCUCUCUCUCUAAUCAGGACACCUCGUGUCACAUGUUUUAGUGUGGCUCUUCCCCUCAUUAGAAGAGACUAAAAUCAGGACACAUCUUCCUUCCUCUACAACAGUUCCAGUCCAACCUCCUUUCCCCCCUCAUCAUUUCACAUUGAGAUAAGGACCAGCCUGUAUGUAUUGGUAGCCUGAGAGUGACUAGCUUCAUUGGUUAGUAAAGAAUGAUGGCCUUCUUGUACGGCGCGGCUAACCUGUUGGCGCGUACGGCGCGGCUAACCUGUUGGCGCGUACGGCGCGGCUAACCUGUUGGCGCGUACGGCGCGGCUAACCUGUUGGCGCGUACGGCGCGGCUAACCUGUUGGCGCGUACGGCGCGGCUAACCUGUUGGCGCGUACGGCGCGGCCGUUUGCAAAGCAGAGAUGUUCAUGUUCUUGAGCAUGACGACGACAACGGCGUUUGUUUAAAUUGAGAAGUGUUUAACUUAAAAGAAACCAGCAGCUUUUUCUUUUAUUUACAUUUGUCCAGAUGUAACCCCCAUAGAAGCUGUUCUGUUUCCCUAAUAUUGUAAAAUAAAAGAUCAGAUUUG